AUGGCAAAACUGCUUUUGAGACAUGGAGCUGAUCCGAAUGCGGAAUUCACCGACUGCACUCCCUUGGACGUGGCCGUAGGGCGGGGGAAUGGGGCUAUGACUCUGUUACUCCUUGAAAACGGAGCGAAGAUAAGAGAUAAGAUCACUCUGUCUCGCGCUAUAGAACAUGGAGGCACAAUGGCCUGGGUGGAGGCUGGUCGUUGCGGCGAGGAUUACCCCUUCACCGAACCCGAAGUAGCACCCAACUACGAUUUCCGUGCUGUGGUGCUGGUGCUGCAUUUGUAUGGUGCCGAUUUGAAUCAAAAAUCCCUUCUUCAUGACGCGGUGGAGCAUUACGGGUCUCUUGAUGACGGUGUCAUAGAGCUCCUCCUAUAUCUUGGCGCCGACGUGCACGCGAAGGAUGAGAGGGGUGGGUCAGCCAUAUCUCGUGCUUUCGAGGGCGCAUACUGCGACGCCAGACGAUCUAAAGCUUUUGCACAAUUGCUUAUAGCUUACGGAGCUGAAGUUAAACCUGAAGAUCUCAGAGAUCCGGUUGAAAGCGCUAUAUAUCGCGGAGACAUUGAGGAUCUUGAGUUAGUCCUCGAAUACGGAGGCGACGUGAACUCCACAUGUUGUGAAGGGCCUUUCCUGCAUCUCGUAAUCACACGCGACUUUUUUGAUGAUGAUACGACACAAGAAGGAUUACUUAAAUUGCUCCUAAACUGGGGAGCCGACGUGCUCGCGAGGGACCGAGAUUCGAGAACGCCAUUGGAGCAUGCAAUGUUGUUCCCAUGGAAGAUAAACCUAGCGAAGCCGCUCCUCGAUGCGGGCGCCAAAGUCCAAUGCCAUGGCAAAGAAGGGGCUCAGCUCCUGACUUAUCUCAUAAAGGAUGGGCUAACCAGUUACUUUGAGGAGGACCCAAGCACCGACUCGCUUCGGUACGAGUUUCAGGUCCGACGCACCGACUCAUUUCGGUACAAGCUUCAGGACUACUUGGAGGAUAUGAAUGACGGUAGAUUGAGAGAUCCAUAUGACUUCAGUAAGAUGGAUGCUAUGAUCGGGUUGCUUCUUGAAUACGGUGUCUGUCCAGACUACGCGGAUGACUCUGGCCAGUGCCCUCUUGACCUACCUGGUGCUACACUUUUUUCUGCUCUACAGCCAUGGCUCUCUAAAAGGGGAAAAACAUGA